UCACCAUGCCCCUCUGUACGCCGGACGAGCGGCACAUGCACCUCCAAACAUUUUUUCUUGUGAUUUUUAAGGGAGAUUUUGUUUAGAGGCGGCGCUUGUUGGCUCCGGAGUAAUAGCGUCGUAACGACACUUUUUUUUUUUUUUGCCUCACCUCACCACCACCACCCCCCAGUCCCUGUUGAAAGAGUUUGACCAGGGCCAGAGUUGGUCGGUAACUGGGGGGUCGCUCAUUUAGCUCCCUAUUAUCCUGGAGGACGAUUUUUUUUUUUCAAAAUACAUUUUAUUUAAUUUUUUUUUAUUUUGUUUUUCAAAAAUUGGUUUCUACGGCUCUCAAUAUCGUCUCACUCUUGAUAUCUGGCAAGCCUUUCGAGAUUUUCCCCCUUCUUCUGCUCUUCAGAUCAUGAACAAACUAUAUGUUGGGAAUUUAAGUCCUUCGGUCACAGUCGAGGACUUGGAGCAGCUCUUCGGGGAGAGGGAGCUGCCAGCGCCCGAGCAGGUCCUGCUGAAAUCCGGCUAUGCUUUUGUGGACUUCCCCGACCAGAACUCGGCCAUAAAGGCUAUAGAGACUCUCUCUGGUAAAGUUGAAUUGCACGGAAAGCUGAUAGAGGUAGACUACUCUGUUCCCAAAAAGCUAAGGAGUCGGAAGAUCCAGAUCCGGAACAUUCCCCCUCAUCUGCAGUGGGAGGUUUUGGAUGGCCUUCUUGCUCAGUAUGGUACUGUAGAGAACGUGGAGCAAGUGAACACUGACACAGAAACAGCAGUGGUGAAUGUUACAUACGCAACCAAGGAAGAAGCUAAAGUAGCAAUUGAGAAGCUGACAGGACACCAGUUUGACGACUACGCCCUAAACGUGUCGUACAUCAUGGACAUGGAUGGCGCCUCGCCCGUCCAGGCUCCCCGAACGCGGCGCGGAGGCCGGUCCUCCCGGGACCAGGGCACCCCCCAGCCCGGACCAUCUGGAGGCUUUGGUUCGCCCCGUCUCAGACAGCCUGACUUCCCUCUGCGGAUGCUUGUGCCGACUCAGUUUGUGGGAGCAAUCAUUGGGAAAGAAGGCCUGACCAUCAAGAAUGUCACCAAACAGACACAGUCCAAGGUGGACAUCCACCGGAAGGAAAAUGCAGGCGCAGCAGAAAAACCCAUCACCAUCCAUUCAACACCCGAGGGAUGCUCGUCUGCCUGCCGGAUGAUCCUGGACAUCAUGGAGAAGGAGGCCAACGAGACCAAGACGACAGAGGAGAUCCCUCUGAAAAUCCUUGCCCACAACAGCCUGGUGGGCCGACUGAUUGGGAAGGAGGGCCGCAACCUGAAGAAGAUCGAAGAGGAGACAGGGACCAAGAUAACCAUCUCCUCGUUACAAGACUUAACCAUUUACAACCCUGAGAGGACCAUCACGGUGAAGGGAAGCUUGGAGGCUUGUUGUAAAGCCGAGGUGGAGAUCAUGAAGAAGCUGAGGGAAGCCUACGAGAACGAUAUCGCUGCUAUAAAUCAACAAGCUAACUUGAUCCCAGGCUUAAACCUGAACGCUCUGGGCAUCUUCUCCUCUGGUCUGCCGGUGCUGCCCCCUGCUGCUGCUGCUGCUGGACCACGUGGUGCAGUGCCCCCUGUUGCACCAACAGGAUACAACCCAUUCUUAAGUCACUCUUCACAUCUCAGUGGCCUGUACGGGGUUCCUUCAGCAAGUGCCAUGCCCCACCAGCACUCACAACAGGCUCCAGAACAGGAGGUCGUCUACCUCUUUAUUCCCACUCAGGCAGUCGGGGCCCUGAUAGGCAAGAAGGGCCAGCACAUCAAACAACUCGCCCAUUUUGCAGGAGCUUCCAUCAAGAUUGCCCCAGCCGAGAGCCCAGAUGUUGCUGAGAGGAUGGUUAUUAUUACUGGAACUCCUGAGGCUCAGUUUAAGGCCCAAGGUCGGAUAUUUGGGAAGCUGAAAGAGGAGAACUUCUUCUCAGGAAAGGAGGAGGUCAAACUGGAGACGCACAUCAAGGUUCCCUCAACCGCAGCCGGCAGAGUCAUUGGCAAAGGUGGCAAGACGGUUAACGAGCUGCAGAACCUGACGAGUGCAGAGGUCAUUGUACCGCGGGACCAAACUCCUGACGAGAACGACGAGGUCUUUGUGAAAAUCAGCGGGCAUUUCUUCGCCAGCCAGACUGCACAGAGGAAGAUCCGGGAGAUCAUUCAGCAGGUCAAACAGCAGGAACAGAAGCACCAGCAGGGCGCUGCCGUGUCACCGCACCACUCCAAGUGACCCAGCCAGGCGGCUCCAGCGGGCACCAGCCAAUGAAUGUAGCCCUCCCAAACGGACAGAGACUGACCCAGACUGAGGCCGAGGCCAAGGGCGAGGCGCGGGGCAGACCAGCAGCAGCGGCACCGGGAUCAAAACCAAAGAACUUCGCUACGGGGGGAAACAAGUGAGAGCCAAAGGCUGAGGGCAUUGUGUGCACUGCCAGCCCUGUGAGAGCAGACAGAGUGGGAGAAAAUGGACUGAUAGAAUAAAAGAAAAAAAAAGACCAAAAAAGAAAAAGGAGAAGAGAGGUUUAAACAGUAUAAAAUUUGGGAAAUAAUGUCUUAUGAGUAAAAAAAAACAACAAAAAGAAACACAGGAAAUAAUAUGUUGCCCUGCAUAACGUUAUCUCUUUUUAGUUGGACUAACAUAGGCCUAAACAGAUCGAACAAAUAAACCUAUUAACACGAGUGCACACAAGGCAUUUUGGAUUGACGGUGUGAGUUAGAGCAAGAGCGAGUGGCGAAGAGAGCGACUCCUCUUUGUGAGAAUAUCCUUAGCAGUAUUAAUGCAGAGUAGAGACAUACAUUGAUACACACUGAGAGUAUGCACUGUUUUUUUUGUUUGUUUUUCUUCUUCUAUCAGAAUGACAGAACAACCUGGUCCAGUUUUAAAUAUGUUAGUUGGUUCAGGAGAUUGAGCUGAGUUGGCCAUAGAGAACGAUCGACUUCACCCCGUUUUGUUUGCUGAAUUUAAAACCCCUGAAAGUGAAUCUGUUGAAUGGUUCUGAGUCUUUGUAACAAGCCUGUGUGUGUGCCAACGCAAAAGAUAACGUCCCCUUCCCGGCAUCCCUCACUGUCAUUUCUCAUGCUUUGCUCUUUUUUUUUUCUUUAAUCAAUUAUUUCUUUUCCGCUAAUUUCUGUUUGGUUGCUCUCAUCUGGCAUUGCGUUCUUAAUAGGUUCCUUGUUUUUGUUCCUUGUUUUUUUUCUUUUGUAGCCUUUUUGAAACAUUGAACUGACUGCCACUUUUUUUUUGCUAAAGACAGGUGAAAUGAGAUUUAACUGUAUCACUCUCCCAUGCUGUGCAGCGAUGUCUGAAACAGUCCGUAUAUAUAUAUAUAUAUAUAAAAAAGGCUUUGACGAUCAAAGAAAAAAAAAAAUUACGUCUUAAAGAAGCGGCGCACCUUAUCUAAUGAGCAGGUAAUCAUUUGUUUUGAAUGUGCACUGUCACACGCUUGGCCUUAAGGGGACGUCACAAGGGCCAACACAAAGUGGCAGAGGGCCCAGACAGAGGGGACAGGGUUAGGGUGGGAGGGCGAAAACAUGUUUAGUUUUAGAGAAUAGGCAUGGGCCGGUAAGUAAAAACGCUGUGGAAUCAGAGUAUUUAGACAGAAAUUUUAUAUAUGACAUAAUCUUGCUAUUGUUAUUCAUUAAAAUCCACAAAGCAGCUACUAAAAUACUGUAAAGUAUAGUUAUUAUUACAGCUUCAUGAAAUGUUAUCUACACCAUAGAUUUAAUACUAUGUUGAUAAAUGGAAUUAUGCAAAAGACUACAAUAAAUAGCCACUAAAUUUAGUUGUAGUUUUCAAGUAAACAAGUGGGGGAGGGGAGGAUGCAGGGCUACUUAAUCCUCUGAACAGCCAGAGAAAACUCAGGUAAAAUUAUUAUUUUCUCUGGCAUGUUAUUAAAAAGACUUUAAAGAAGACUCUUUGGGUGGAGGUUCUAACUGAGUGAAGAACACUUAAAGUCAGUAAAUGUUGGAAUCAGUGAAGUGUUUAAAAACUAAAUCAAUUGUGAAGAACUAAAGUUGUAAGAAGUGAUUUCAAAAGAAAUUAUUUUUGUCAAGGUGUUCAUUUUGGCUGCGAGAGAAAGCAAGACUUCUAUCAGAUAACAGGGUGGCUUAAUAGAGCACAGCACAGUUUGUAAUAUUUUAUCCUUGUGAGCUUUAACCUCUGUCACAGAAAAUGCUGGUUUUGUAAAUGCUGAGAGCCUUUUAAAAAUCUUUGAGUGAAGAUAAGGAUCCAUAUUCACAUGGUGACUGCUGCUUCUGUGAUGCCACCAAAAUGUCAAGUCUGCUCCCAAUUAAUACCGGUAUUUUAAUAUGUUAAUUAUAGAAAUUAUUGAGAAAUAAUAAUGUAUUUAAUCACACUUUUCUCAGGACCCCAAUUUCUGGCAGACCCCUAACAACAGAUGCACAGACUACACCAGCAAAGACGAUGCAAAAGAAUGUAUUAAGUGCUGCACAACUUCAAGCCUGCAGCAUCGACUCUGCGCAAAACAUGUUGCUAUUGGGAUUAAGACCAGAGCUAACAAUAUCUAUAACAGUCCAUAACAGCGGAAACAAAGGGGCUCAGAGCCACAUUAAUUCAGUCUAUGUCAGACCUGACUGUUUAGGUUGCAUUUGUGCAUUCAAUGGAUUCAGUCAUCAAUCAAAAGUGUCUUUAAUUAUAGAACUUUGCUUAAUUUAUCAGAUAACUGAUAAAAAGCAAUCAAUUGAGACUAUAAAGUGAAUUAAUUUAGAUAACCAUUUUUAAAUCACAUCAUAUCUCUUCUCUAGUAUAAGUAAUUAAUGACAAUUCAUGGCAAAAACAUUAGAAAAAGUUAUUUUUAAUCUAAAGGAGAAAUCAGAAAUGGCUAAAAUCGGUAUGAGCAGGUCAAGGCUUUACAAAAAUCAGCCUCAAAAUCUGGAUCGGCCGGUCUCUAGUGGGAACGAAAGGUUUUAUCAAUUUUUAAUUGUUAGCUUUUUACAAUCUUGCUACAUGUUCAUGCAGAUAACUGGCCCAUGCCUAUUGGAGGUUGGGAGUCUAGGGGUGGGGCUUGGCACCGUAUGACCUGUGGUACACACACAACCGCAAACGUGACCGCAUCCACGUUUGGCUUUAACCCUCUCUUUGUCAGGGAGCUUUCUAAACAAACAGCAUGACAGCUGUGAAUGUACAAUAUGCAGCCUUUUUUUUUUAGAACACAUCACUCCUGUCGUGUCCAGUAGGCCGGCCCAGCCACACAGAUUGUCACCCUCUCGUUCAUUCUUUUUCCUCUAUUAUAUUGGAGUUUUUUUAAAAAAGUAAUCGCUGGUGGCCGGCUGCCUCUAUAAACCCUCUGGACUCGCAGGUCAUGGUGUCCUUUUGUGCUUUACUUUGGAGAGACUGUGGAAGCUUGUUGCCUUAUUUUGUCACCUCUUAAACAUCACCCAUCAGCUUCAUCUUCCAGACGCAAGGUUAUUGCCAAUACGCACAGCUUCCUCCGUGUGUGUCUGUGUGUGUGUGCGUGCACGUACGUCUGUGUGUGUAUGUAUAUAUAUAUAAAAACAGAGUAAUAUUUAUGAAUCUAUUUUUUCCUAUUUUGUGAUGAGAUCUAUUGAUAAGAAACAAAAAAAAGAAAAGUCCUCUUCUGUUCUUCUUUCCCUCCCUCAGUGGGAUACUGCCAUAUUAUUUUGAAGGGAAGUGUUUAUUUUCUUGAAAACUAAGACUAUGAAAAAUAAUAUAAUAAUAAAUGAUAAAAACCUGAAAAAAUAGGAGAAAAGUCAAGUGAACCACGGCGUUAACUUUGGUUGGGAUGUGAACAGUGCGCAUGUCAGUAUUGUGAUCUACCUCAGGCUUCAGGGUACCUCAGUCCAAUUUUUCAUUUCCCCCCUUUUUUUUUUCCACAUUUUGUAUGCCUUGUUAACUGAUCAUUUUGAGCGUUUUUUUUUUUUUUUUUUAAUGAAAAAGAUCUGUACACCUUCAGGUGCAGCCGACUAGUGAAACUUUGCAAAACAAUACUCCGUUGGACUGUGUUUGCCUGGACGCCAUGCAACCUCUAAAGUCCAAUUUGUUCGAAAAGAAUGAAGUGUGAGAUGUUAAAGGAUAGAUACCCGAGACAUCGUGGGUAAGAAAGAAAGAUAGAUACAAAUCAGAAAGAAACCAACCACCUAUACCUCCUGUUUUUCCCAACUUUACCUUCAGGAUUUUUUUUUUUAAAGAAAAAACUGUAAAUGAAAAACAAAUGAUGUUUAUUGACUUGUGAGAUGUGAAAUAGCGUUUUAUACCAACCCACCUAAUCUUACCAGCUCUGUUUGAUAGAAACACACAGCAAACCGGGGCUGAUUUUAAAGAAAACAACAAAGCUGCAAAAAUACACUGACAGGACCUUUGAAAGCGGUGUAAAACCCAAGUCUUCUGUGCAGAAUGUCAAAACCAGUCUAGUCAUUUGCAAUGUCACUGUGUACAACAGGAAAAACUGUAUAUCUGUAAACAUGUACAAUAGAGUCACGUAUACAUCGUUCUCUGACAUUUUAAAUCAGAGCGUGGCGGGAGAGUUUAGAGCAUCGCAGCUUUCCUCAAACUGACCUCUAAACUUGAUUUUUUUUUUGUUUUUGUUGUGCUGUACAUUUCAGAAUCACCUCUCUGAAUCCAUGGCUGACGUUAGAUACUAAAAACAGAGCUGGGGCAAAAAAAGGAGGUAAACAAGCAAAUAACAUAGUGAGAGUUUUUGUUUAGGGCUGUUUUUUUUCUUUAUUUGUGCUUGUAGGAUGGCAGACUUUUAGUCUUCAGAUGAGGUGGAUCAUUUUUUGUCCCAGUGAACACAAACUUGCAGUACUAUAUUAAAAGGUCUAACAAACUCACACAAUGCCUGAGGCUGCCAUUGCCGCCAGCCUCCCCACAGCCGGUACAGUACCUCAUUCUGAUGACUAGAGCUCACCAGACCUGAUUCAAAAUAUCCUGACCUAACUAAAAUGCAGUACGGUGCUUCGACUCCUUAUAUGGUCUGCUUCACCUUUAGUAGAGGGUUUGUCGGAGAAAACAGCUUUUCAUUGUAGCACUGAGACUUUUACCGAUGCUUGCAAAUCUAUGAGCGCUCCCUUUAAAACAGUUUUUCCACGUUGAAACAAGACAUUUCAGUGUAUUUUAUUGGGAAAGGGAAAAGACGUGGUUUUCAACAACUUUUAUUGAAAAACGUCUUGAAUGGUUUGGCUUUCAUUUGUAUUCAGUCCUUUGGGAUAUGUCUCUAUUGUACAUCUAGAGAAGUUUUUGCCUAUUUGUCUUUGCAAAAAUAGGUCAAGUUCAGUCAGACCAGAUUAAUUAACUUGUCAGAUCAGAUUAAUUAAGUUGUAUUAACAUCAACUUUGACAGUUCCUAAGUGAGCUUAGGUCUGUACUUGUACUAGGACAUUCUAACCUAUGUAUAUAUGAACGAUUCUAGAGUAGUUGUGGGUCUAGGGGUGUUGUUCUGGUGGAAACCAGGAGGCCUAAUUUAAACCAAUUAAGUAGCUUUAAUGUCUCUUUAUCCUGCUACAGCAGCCAGUUUUGUUCAGGUUUUAACCAUCUAACCAAAAUGGCAACCCCUAAAUGUAAUUUUUAUGUUUGUACACAGACAGAAGAAGCCAGAAUUGAUGAGAAACUAGUUUCAGUACAGAAAGGAUAACUUUAAGAAUAGAUUUGGCAGUGAAAACCUUACAGCUCUGAAACUAAAUCUUUAGAUUUACCAAAUAGAAAUAUGAGAAUGUCCUCAUUAAUGAUGGGACAGUUGUGUACAGAAAGGAUGGCUGAUUUCUCAACAUUAAAAAUAUAUGCAUCCAAGACAUGAAAUACAAAAGCGGACCUGAGUGGCUAAAAGGAAUGUACCAUCUCAAGCUGUGCUGAAAGCUAUUGGGAAUAGAUGUGCUUUUAAAAGAGACUGAAAAACAUGAAGGAAAUAUGUCUAAUAUCUGAAGUCCACUUGUUCCACUGUUCAACUGAAAAAGCCUGAUUUCCUCUAGGCUUCGGGUUAGUUCUGGGAAAAAAA